AUGAAGAGGGAUGCAAAUAAUAGGCAUUUUGAGAAGAGGAAUCUGUUGGAAUCAAAGAGGAAACUCUGGGUCCCUAAUAUGAUUGAUACUAGUGAGUAUGCAGAGGAAAGGGAGGUCGAUGGUGGCGAAGGAGGCAAUGUAGGUGAUAUGGUUGAUGAGGACACUAGAAGUGGUGCAGAUAAGGGAAAUGAUGGGAGAAGACAUUGA